AUGGGUCUACUGCUGCUACAACUAUUUAUCCUCGUUUGCAUGAUACUAACAGGAAGGAAAGCAACAAAAUGUUUCUCGAAUCAGUUUGAUAAGAUUCAGGAAGAAAACUGUGGGCCAGCUGGAUUCUGCUUCAUCAUGAGAAAGGACAGUUCAUUCAGAAAAGGCAACUUCACGGUGCGAGGCUGUGAUCACACCUUCCUCUGCGAGAUGAUUAGUGAAACAGAAGGCGUAGAGAAAGUUACCUUUACUAAAGGAAUAAUAAACUACUGUAUGAGUAAUGUUCAGUAUAUGAACUUUUUCGGUUAUUUUUGCUGCUGUUAUGGAGAUGAUUGGUGUAACAAGAAUUCCAAAGUGGAAGAAAUAUCGGAAGAACACAUUUUGAAGGAUUUAAUUCAAGGCAUAUCAACUGGAGAGAAGUGGCAGAGAUUGCAGGAAAUAGCUGAAAAAUACGAUGUCAUCGUCUCGACAUAG